AUGGGCUGGUCCAUAGGCGUGGCGACCGUCCUGGCUCUGCUGGCGCACCCUCAGGCCAUGCCGAAGGAGUAUUAUUCUCAGCUCGACCCGUAUCUGCGCUCGAUCGUAAUGUAUGACCCGCCAUACUUCGCAUUCGGGUACGAACUAGAUGGCGAGGUCGACCCGUACAACCCGUGGACAGACCCCAACAUCAAGACGCAUGAAGAGCGUUACCGCAUAUUCCAAUACUGGGUCAGCUCGUACUACGACCACUUAGACAUCACCUCGGGCUCGAUGAGCGGGCUGGACUAUAGGCACCGUACGGAGCAAGCGUCCAUCGACAGUAUGUCCCCCGAAGAACUCUCGCUCAUGUACGAGGAGGCGGCGGCUGUCCGGGCGGAGCUUCACAUGGUCCUCCCGCCCAUGCAGUCUACCGUGAAUGCGCAGGCAAAACGCGCGUUAUUCGAUGAGUCACUCGCUCAGACGGUGCUCCCCGAGUUGCAGGUUGUGCACAUCGUGUGCAUGCGCACGCACUGGCACUGUAUGUGGGGUCACAUCCAGACCAGGAAGAAAUACGAGGCGCAUGUGGCAAGAGGGGAGAAAGUGCGCCUAAUAAGUUCUGUCCAGAUACCCCAGGGCAACCAUUUCGUGAGUCUAAUUAGUGAAAUUGAAGACGUUAUUGAAGUAACUGGCUUCUUAGGUACACUGGGAUCGCCCGCAUGA